AUGAGUAUCUUGACCUUUUUCUUGAUCUUUACUCAGGUCUGCUCUUUGUAUUCUGCGCAAGCGUUAUCUGUCGCUAGAGAUACCAUUGAUCGAUCAUCAACCAUUGAGAAAUUGGACUUUUCUCAGAGUCCACAUACCCUCGACUCUGCAUCUUCAUUCCAGGUUGAAUUUGAAGUUCAAUAUGAACGCCAGCGGAUCACACUGAACCUGCAGCCGUCCAGAAAUGUUGUAUCGCGUCUCACUACUGUUCAGCACAUUAACUCCACAGACAAUCAUGGUGUCAUCACUGAUAUUCAGAGUCAACGUCCUCUGUUAUACAAGGGUGUAGCCUUUGUCAAUGAAAUUGAGAAGCAGACACAGAGGAGAGUAGGAUGGGCACGAGCAAUGGUUCGGUAUCGCCAAGGUCGACACGUCAUUGAGGGCACCUUCACAAAUGACGGUACUUAUCACCAUAUUUCACUGGAUUCGAAUUAUCGCCAGGCGCGACAGAUUCAAGAUGGACAACUAAGGAAACGAUCUCAGCGAAUGGUAGUAUGGAAGCAAGCAAGGGAUGAAAGUGACGGAGCUCUUUCGCCAAGAUCAUCCUCAGAUGAGCCGACCUGUCAGGCUCAUAGGCACAAUGAUCGACGCCGCCAGACUUCCGACAACCAGGAAACCCACCAUCCUCUGCUGGCCCGACAGGAUGUCAACGAUUGGUUUGACCCAAGAGACGUAAUCGGAUCAACAGAAGGAUGUCCAAACUCCCGAAGAGUCGCUUUGAUAGGCAUUGCAGCCGACUGCUCGUAUACCGCCGAAUUCGAUAACAUGCAAGAUGCUCGAGAUAACAUCAUCUCUCAAGUCAACAUUGCAUCACAAGUGUACGAAGACACUUUCAACAUCGCCCUGGCAAUCCAAAAUUUGACUAUGAGCGACCCGUCUUGUCCCACUGAUGCACCGAGAUCGAUGCCUUGGAACCUUCCCUGCACGGCAAACGUCGAUAUCAACGACCGUUUGAACUUGUUCACGCAAUGGAGGAGCAGAUUACGCGAUGAUAACGCGGUAUGGUCACUUCUGACGGCUUGCAGAAGUGGUUCCACUGUUGGAAUUGCAUGGAUCGGAAGUCUGUGUAAUAGAUCACGAGGAUCAUCAUGGAGUCGCGGCGGUACAGCUUCUGCAAAUGUUGUUGUCCGCACAGCUUCAGAAUGGCAGGUCUUUGCGCAUGAGCUGGCGCAUAACCUUGGAGCUUCUCACGACUGUACGUCUGGCGAUUGCGGUACCUCUGGAUAUUCACCUUCCGAUGACUGCUGUCCUCGAAGUGAGACCACCUGCGACGCCAGAAACCAGUACAUUAUGAACCCGCAAAGUUCUCCCGGACUGGAAGAAUUCUCACCAUGUACUAUCGGCACGAUUUGCACAGGUAUUGGUGAAGAGCACGUUGAUACGAGCUGCCUUGUUAGUGAGGACGAGGUCCCCGAUAUCAAUGACAGUCAAUGCGGCAACGGCAUCGUCGAGCCUGGCGAGUCUUGCGACUGCGGUGGUGAAGAAAGAUGCCCCGAAGAUUCCUGCUGCAACCCUUCGACCUGUCAACUCCGCAGCGGCGCAGAGUGCGAUCCAUUAACAGACGGGUGCUGCACCGACGAAUGCCAAGUCGCUUCAAGCGGUUUAGUCUGCCGCGAAAGCACGUCCUCUUGCGAUCCAGAAGAGACAUGCGACGGAAAUUCUAGUCAAUGUCCCGUUGACGUACAGAACUGUGAUGACGACGAAAAUUCAGGUAGCAGAGGAGGAUCAGGAAGAAGUUGGUUCGAUAGGAAUAGAACAGCUGUCAUCGCGACUGCUUCUUCUGUUGGUGGAGUUGUUCUGAUCUUGGUCCUUUGCGUGAUCUUUUCUUGUAUUAGGAAGAGAAGAAGAAGACAGAAAGGAACGCAGCUGCAGAGUGGAAACAUCAGCGAUGGGUCGAAUGCACCGGCUCUUGAGCAUACGAGAGGUGUUACGCAGAUGCCGAGUGCACCGCGGUUGGUACAUAGAUAUGCAUAG